CCUGAACGACUGGGGACCAUCACCAGCAGAUGGCAGCAGUCACACAUUUCGGAUUUGGUGCUGCGGAUAGAAGAAGUUGACCAAACCCCACGCUAUUUCCAUAGCAACCAGACGGAUUUAAUCAUGGCGCCCGGGGUCCGCUCAGUCCUCUCCUCAACGCCUCUGCAGGUCCUCCUCUACCUGAACACCUGGUACUUCGCCGCCUUCUACUUAGCAGAAAUCCUCAUGUUCAUCUACAAAGGGAUUUUACUGCCAUACCCACUAGAUAAUCUGGUCCUGGACGUGGUGCUGUUGCUGCUCUUCCUCGCACUGGAGACGCUACGGAUUUUUUACGGUUUGCUGCAGCAGAUUUCUGACCGCCUGCGGUGCUUUUCCUCCAGCCUGGAAGGGGAACCUCUGCGAGCGCUCCCUGUCUUCCUUCGUGUCCCUCUUCAUCCUGUUUCCCUGCGCGGCGCUGGCCGUCUACUACCUGCUGCUGCAGACCUUCGUCCUGCGGCUGGAGUUCCUUCUCAGCGCUGUGCUGCUCUGCUUCUACGGCCUCGAGCUCCUGCUCGGCGUCAUCUCCAUCUCGGCUUUCUCCAGGUCCAGAGUCUACUGAUGUCUCCCUGAACACAGCAGGGUCUACCAGAGGCUUUCUUCAGACAGAAAACAAAGUCAAUUCCUCCAGGAGGAAACUUGUAUCUAAAUACGUUUGGGAGCCUUUUUUUUUUUACUCUGAACAUUGGCUGGGGUCUUACUAGCCGGCUGUGAUGGGCAUCAAGAAGGCCACCACAAAGACAAAGCGGAGGAUUGGCCACCAAUAGAUCCACAUGUAGAUGUGUCGGUUGGUGGCGCGGAAGUCUUCCUCUCUGCUCUGUAAAUGCCCAGAAAAGGAUUGUUAUU